AUGACAAUGACUAUCCAUCAGGGCGUGGGCGGCAUUCAAAAAAGGAGGCGGAGUUUCAGUAAUGGCUAUGCAUCUGUGGACUGCAAUGGGGAGACUCUGGCUACAACUGCAGGUAUGACUGUGAUUGCCGAUGGAGGAAGAGUUAAUGGUACAUCAGGGGAAAAAUUUAGAUCUGCAUUUGCCGAGAAAGGGAAAUCAGAAAGAAGAGAGAAGCAUGUUGAAAACAAUAUAAAGGUUAAUGGCAUCCUCUCUGACAAUCCAAUCAAUAAAUGCAAGAAAUACAGUUCAAAAGAUGCAGAUAUCGAGAUCCCUGUGACCGAUGUAUUGAAUCCAGAACAGAAGCGUGUACCUAUGUCCAUUGAUGUCCCUUACCCAGAUUUCCAUGACUUUGAUAAAGAUCGAACAGAAAGAGCCUUUGGCAACGAUCAAAUCUGGGCUACAUAUGACAGUGAAGAUGGCAUGCCUCACCUAUAUGCAAUGGUACAGAAAGUUAUUUCAAUGAAACCUUUCAGGAUACGAAUGAGCUUCCUCAAUUCUAAGUCCAACAAUGAACUGGCACCAAUAAACUGGAUCGCCUCAGGUUUUACGAAGACAUGUGGUGAUUUUAGGAUUGGAAGAUACCAGAUUACUGAAACAGUCAACAUCUUUUCCCACAGAGUUUGCUGGAGUAAAGGUCCUCGGGGAAUUAUCAGGAUUAUUCCCCAAAAAGGUGAUACAUGGGCUGUGUACCGGAACUGGUCUCCUAAUUGGAAUGGACUUACACCAGAUGAUGUAACAUAUAAGUAUGAAAUAGUAGAAGUGAUCGAUGAUUUCACUGAAGAGCAAGGCCUGAGUGUUGUCCCAUUGCAGAAGGUAGCUGGUUUCAACGCAGUUUUCCACAGGCUCACGGGCCCUGAUGUGGUCAGAAGAAUACCGAAGAGCUUUUUCCGUUUCUCUCAUCGGGUUCCUUCUCGCCUGCUCACUGGUGAAGAAAGAAAUAAUGCUCCAAAAGGUUGCCAUGAGUUGGACCCUGCUGCAACUCCAGUUGACCUGCUUAAGAUUAUUACAGAUGUUAAGGAAGAUACCACACAGUGA